CCGGGGUAAUUUUAAAGACCACGUGAUCAAGACAUUGCUCGCGCCAUUUUGACAACAAUUGCGACAUGGAAUAAGAAAAGUUGCUGAUAAUGUCGAAUAUUCACGUUGAUAAAGACGCUUACUGGCGCAGAAUCAAGGCUUUCUAUUCAGCUUGGGGCAAAGCAAAUGAAAGUGAUGGCUAUGGUAAGAUGGAUGCCCUUGUUGUUGCCAUGGGCCAGGAUGAAGAAGUUGUGUAUUCAAAAACUACCUCAAUUCAGACAUGGUUGUUUGGUUACGAGUUGGCUGAUACAGUGAUGGUAAUGUGUGAGAAGUACAUAUACAUUCUUGCAAGUAAGAAAAAGAUCGAGUUCUUGAAACAGAUAGAGGCCGGCAAAGAAAAUGAGAAUGGUUUACCAUCUGUUAAACUGCUGGUUAGAGAUAAGGCUGACAAAGAUAAGGCAAAUUUUAAUAAGCUGAUUGAAGGUAUCAAGAAGAGUAAAAAGGGUAAGACUAUUGGCGAAUUUUCAAAGGAUAAAUUUCCAGGAGAUUUUAUGGAAGCUUGGAGAUCUGCCUUGAAAGGAGCCAACUUUGAAAAGAUUGAUGUCAGUGGAAAUAUGGCGUUGACAAUGUCACCAAAGGAGGAUUCUGAAUUGAAGACGAUACAAAAAGCUUGUGUGGCCACUUGUGACGUUUUCUCAAAGUAUCUGAAAGAGCAGAUAAUGGAAGUGAUUGACGCCAGAUAAGGUACUAAAGUAAAGCAUUCUAAACUUGCCGAUGGGGUUGAGCAGGCGUUAAAGAACAAGAAAUAUUUACCUGCAGGCAUUGAUGCCUCACAACUAGAUAUGUGCUACCCUGCCAUUAUACAGAGUGGUGGAAAAUAUAGUCUAAAAUUCUCAACUGUCAGUUCGGAUGAGAGUCUUCAUUUUGGGACUAUAAUCUGCUGUAUGGGGUUGAGGUACAAAUCAUACUGCUCAAAUAUUGUACGAACAUUGAUGGUAGACCCUACAGACAAGAUCCAGAAAGAUUACGAGUUCCUGCUUGAAGUGGAGGAUGAAAUCUUGAAGAAAUUACAACCUGGAACAAAAUUGAAUGCUGUGUAUGAUGCUGCAGCCAACUUUGUGAAAUCGAAACGUCCAGAAUUACUCGAUAAAAUGACCAAAAAUGUCGGCUUUGCGAUGGGGAUAGAGUUCAGAGAAGGCUCUAUGCUGAUUACAGGGAAAUCAAAUAUUCCUGUGAAAAAGAAUAUGGUAUUUAACAUCAAUGUGGGGUUCUCUGACCUGGAGAAUAAGGAGAGUAAAGAUUCUGCAGGGAAAAAAUAUGCCUUGUUUAUAGGGGAUACAGCGCUUGUAAACGAGGGAUCUCCUGCAUCAGUGAUGACAACGGCUAAGAAACGUAUGAAGUACAUGGGUAUAUUCCUGAAAGAUGAGGACGAGGAAGACAAUGAGUCGGAGGAGGAAGAAAAAAGUCAACAACCAGAAAUACUCGGCCGAGGCAGGAGGAAUGCCGUCCUCGAGAACCGAACCAGGCCGGAUGCUACAACUGAAGAGAAAAGAUUAAAACACCAGAAGGAACUGGCCACGAGACUGAAUGAAGAAGCUCGUGAAAGGAUUAGAGGGCUGAAGUCAGGCGGUGACGAGAAAAAGUUGAGAAAAUCCAAUGUUUCUUACAAGACUCUCUCACAUCUGCCAAAUGAGUCUGAAAUUAGAGAAUUAAAGCUGUAUGUAGAUAAGAAAUAUGAGACAAUUAUUUUACCCAUAUUUGGAUUACCUACACCCUUUCACAUCUCUACAGUUAAAAAUAUAAGUCAAUCUAUAGAAGGAGAUUACACAUAUCUGCGUAUAAACUUUUUCCACCCUGGCUCUGCUCUUGGAAGAAACGAGGGAAAUACGUUCCCGCAAAAUGAUGCCACAUUCCUGAAAGAAAUAACAUAUAGAAGUUCAAACACAAAGGAACCAGGGGAAUUGUAUGCCCCAUCUUCAAACCUGAACACUGCAUACAGACUGAUCAAAGAAGUGCAGAAGAAAUUCAAGACGAGAGAAAUGGAAGAGAAAGAAAAAGAGGGAAUAGUGAAACAAGAUGCCUUGGUAGUGAACCCCAACAGGGGUAACCCAAAAUUGAAAGAUUUGUAUAUACGUCCCAACAUCGUCUCUAAAAGAAUAUCUGGAUCAUUGGAAGCUCAUUCUAAUGGUUUCAGAUUUACGUCUGUGAGGGGAGAUAAGGUGGAUGUAUUAUACAACAACAUCAAACAUGCCUUCUUCCAGCCUUGUGAUGGUGAAAUGAUCAUACUGUUACACUUUCAUCUCAAGCACGCCAUCUUGUUUGGUAAGAAGAAACAUAUAGAUGUACAGUUCUAUACAGAGGUGGGAGAGAUUACCACAGAUCUCGGCAAACAUCAGCAUAUGCACGAUAGAGAUGAUCUACGUGCUGAACAGGCUGAAAGAGAUAUGAGGCAGAAAUUAAAGUCAGCCUUCAAGAAUUUCUGCGAAAAGGUGGAAAUUUUGACCAAAAACGAGGUAGAAUUUGAUACUCCGUUUAGAGAGCUUGGUUUCCAUGGAGCUCCAUUCCGUAGCACAGUUCUCUUGCAGCCCACCAGUGGUUGCCUGGUGACACUAACAGAAUGGCCACCAUUUGUUAUCUCCCUUGACGAAGUAGAAUUGGUCCACUUUGAACGUGUGUCAUUUCAUUUGAAGAAUUUUGACAUAGUGUUUGUAUUCAAAGAUUACAAUAAGAAGAUAGCUAUGGUGAACUCUGUACCUAUGCAGGUACUUGAAAAUGUCAAAGAGUGGUUAAAUUCCUGUGAUCUGCGUUACACUGAGGGUGUCCAGUCUCUUAACUGGACCAAAAUUAUGAAAACUAUCACUGAAGAUCCAGAAGGCUUCUUUGAUGGUGGUGGAUGGAGUUUUUUGGACCCAGAGAGUGAGGAUGAAGGCGAUGACGAAGAAGAUGAAGAGGAUGAAGAAUUUAACCCAUCGGAUGAGUUUAGCGGUAGUGGGGAGGAAAGUUCCGACGAUUACAGCGAGGAGAGUAACUGGGAGGAGGAAGAGGAAGAAGACUCCGAAGACGAAGAAGACCUAGGAUCUAGUGAGGAAAGUGGUAAAGACUGGGACGAGCUGGAGGAGGAGGCUAGAAGAGCCGAUCUUGAGUUGGACGAGUAUGGUGAAGAUCCGCGCACCUCGAAACAACCCAGUAAGAGUAGUAAACACAGCAGUAGCAGUAAACAUAAAUCAUCGUCGCAUAAAUCAAUGUCGCAUAAAUCAAUGUCGCAUAAAUCGUCGUCGUCUCAUAAAUCAUGUCAUAAAUCUCCGCAUAAAUCACCGCACAAGUCACCACAUAAAUCAUCGCAUCAUCACAGGGACAAAGAUCGGCACUCGUCGUCACCGAAGAAGAGGAAGCACAGUGGUGACGAUGGAGGAAGGGACAAGAAAAAGAAGAGAAGAUGAAGGGAAUAAUACAGGAUAAAUAUACUUGUAUAAAUAUUGUCUUGAGACUGUCAGUGUAUAAAAAGAUAUUUCUUAAAAGUAGCGCUCCACAAAUCUAGAAAAUGGAUUUUGCCUUAAAUGUUGUUUUUAAGAAUUUACAAUUGUAUGUAAAUAGAAAGUGCUAUUGUUUUUUUUUAUGUCCCACUCAUAGAAAGUGUAGACACAGUUGUGUGUGUUGAAUGAACAAGAAAAAGAA